AUGGAUGGCCAAACAACAUCACUUCUAUGUACUCGAGAACGUGUUCGUCACAGGAUGCGGCAGCAAUUCACAGGCUAUAAAAAAGAUCUACCUUUCGCAUAUUCAAAUGAAGAAAAAAUUACCUUACCAAACGGAAGGAUUUCCAAUGUUUAUACUGGUCUCUUUAUCAACAACGAGUUCGUUGAUUCUGUCGAUCGUAAAGUGUUUGAAACCAUCAAUCCUGCAACAGGAAAAGUGAUUACUUCAGAACGUGGAAGGUUGCUCAAUAAACUCGCAGAUCUGAUGGAACGUGAUCUUGAGGAAUUAGCCGCACUUGAAACCUUAGAUAAUGGGAAACCUUUUCAUUCUGCAAAAACCUAUGACCUUCCAAGUGCAAUUUCGUGUUAUAGGUAUUUUGCUGGAUGGUGCGACAAGAUCCAUGGCAAGGUUAUCGAGACACAACAUGAUAAAUUUUGCUAUACCCGUCGUGAACCUUUUGGUGUUUGUGGUGCAAUUAUUCCUUGGAAUUACCCCCUCGAAAUGCAGGCGUGGAAAAUGGCACCAGCUUUAGCAUGCGGAAAUACCAUUGUACUUAAACCAUCUGAACUAACUCCUUUGACUGCCUUAAAAGUUGCCGCGUUAUGUAAAGAAGCUGGUUUUCCGAAGGGUGUCGUGAAUGUCCUGUCAGGUUUUGGUCCUAUCGCCGGUGCUGCUAUUGCUUCUCAUAUGAAAAUCAAUAAAAUAUCUUUUACUGGUUCGACCGCUGUAGGAAAGUCUAUAUUAAAAGCUUCUGCUGAUAGUAACUUGAAAAAAGUUUCUUUAGAAUUGGGCGGAAAAUCUCCAAAUAUUAUAUUCGCUGAUUCUGAUCUUGAUCAAGCUGUCAAAUGGGCUCAUAUGGGUAUCUUCUACGAUAGUGGUCAAUGCUGUUGCGCUGGCUCUCGUGUUUAUGUUGAAGAUUCUAUUUAUGAUAAAUUCAUUAAUAAAUUCAAAGAACAUGCUUUGAAUAUUAAAAUUGGGGAUCCUUUUCAUAAAGAUACUUAUCAAGGUCCUCAAAUUUCUCUGCAACAAUUUAACAAAAUUAUGUCCUAUAUUGAAACCGGUAAAAAAGAAGGUGCUACUUUACUGAUGGGUGGUGAACGACACGGUGAUCAAGGUUAUUUUAUCAAACCAACUAUUUUCACCAAUGUGAACGAAGAAAUGAAGAUAAUGCAGGAAGAAAUAUUUGGUCCUGUCGUAUCUGUCUCAAAAUUUAAAACUAUUGAGGAAGUUAUCAAAAAGGCUCACCUAACCAAAUAUGGCUUGGCUGCUGCUGUGUUUACUAAAGAUAUCACUCGUGCAAUAAAAAUCUCAAAUGAGUUGAAAGCUGGCACAGUAUGGGUUGAUGCCAAUACUCCAUUUGGUGGUUAUAAAGAAUCCGGUAUCGGUCGAGAACUUGGAAAAUACGCGUUAGAUCAAUAUACUCAAGUGAAAACUGUUCAAAUUAAUCUUGGAAUUCAAAUGUGA